AUGUCAUCAUCAUCAGGAAGUCCGAAUAUUAGUUCGAAUAUUAUCUUAUCAAGUAUAGUUACAUCAGCAUUAGGUCAAUUAAAUUGGGCUGAAUUAGAACAAAAACAAACAAAACCUAUUAAACCUAUUCAUGUUAAACGACCUAUGAAUGCAUUUAUGGUUUGGGCACAAGCUGCUAGAAAAAAUUUAGCUGAAAAUUUAUCUGUUGUUAAUAAUGCACAAUUAAGUAAAAAAUUAGGACAAUUAUGGAAAUCAUUACCACAAGAAAAACGUCAACCAUUUAUUGAAGAAGCUGAACGUAUUCGUGAACAACAUAAACGUGAUUAUCCUGAAUAUCGUUAUCAACCAAAACGUAAAAUUAAAAAUUCUCGUUAUCAUCCAUAUUCAACACCAAAUACAAGUAAAUCAUCUUCAUCACCAUCAUCUUCAUCAGUUAAUGAUAUAAGUGUACAAAGUGAUCAUCAUCCACCAAUGACUUCAUCACCAUGUUCAUCAUCUAUUGAUGAAUCAACAACAAAUAUAUCAUUUCAAUCUCAACAAAUUUAUUCAACAAAAUAUAAUCACAAUAAUAAUAAUAAUAAUAAUAAUGAUGAUGGUGAUGAUGAUGAUGAUGAAAAUGGUUGUAAUUCAAAAGAAAAUUUUCCUCCAUUAUCAUUUUAUUCUGAACAAAUAUCAACAAAUAUUGAAGAUGAUAAUGAAUAUAAUACAAUAACAAAUGGAAUUUAUCCAAGUACAACAAUGCAACCAAAUGAACCUUUUUCUUAUUCAAAUAUGUACAAUUCAUAUUAUCAACCAUUUCCUCAUCAGGCAAUUACUGAUUAUGAUAAUAAUUCUCGUUAUAAUACAAAUUAUGGUUUCAUUUCAUAUGAUUCAUCCUAUAUGACAUAUCCUUCAACUUCAUUUGUUUCACAACCAACUACUAAUUUCAAUUAUUAUCCAUCUACUCAAUGA